AUGGCCCCGCUUUCUGGAUUGACCAGUAGAGGGGACCCGUGCACCUUAGAGGCGGCGGCGGCGGCGGCCAGCCUGUUCUGGGUGGUUUUCCCCGGCUGCGGGCCUUGCCCCAGCCGUAUUCUCUUUGCUCAGGAGCGGCGGGGAAGAGGGGGCCGGAACCUGGAACAGAGCAACCUGGGCCCAUCAGAUGUGAAGAUGGCCACGAGCCUCGUGUUGGUGCCCAUUACUGGUCCUGCUGUGCUGGCCGCUGGUUCUGGUCGAGGUGGGAUCCCGGUUGAGAUUAUAGAGGGGAAAGAGGCUAACCCUCACUCCCAUCCCUACAUGGCGUCUCUCCAAGUGAACAGAAGUCACGUUUGUAGGGCGACUCUGGUUCACCCGCCGUGGGUGCUCACUGCCGCCCAUUGCCUGAACAAGGGCAUCCGAGACGUCAGGGUUGUGCUGGGUCUCCACAAACACAGCCACCCAGGCCAGGAUUUUGCAGUCAAGAAGCUCGCGCACCACCCUGAGUACAAGAAAAAUCUGGAGUUGACACAUGACCUCCUGUUGCUUCAGUUGGACAGGAAAGUGACCUUCAGUCGUAAAGUGGUCUGUGCCAGGUUGCCCACGAAGAAAGUCCCAGUAGGAGCCCAGUGCGAGCUUGCCGGCUGGGGACUGGUCCAACAGCAAGGCCAACUGGCCAAGGCCCUGAAAGAGCUCAAUGUGAAAGUGAUGGACAGCCGCAUGUGUAACAACAGCCGGUUCUGGAACGGGGACAUUACUCCGGAUAUGAUGUGCGUGGAAAGGGUCAGCAAGGGCACUGCCCACUGCCAUAUUUGAUUGCAGGGAGACUCUGAGGGGGACCUGGUGUGUGACAAUAGGAUACUGGCGGGUGUGGUGUCCUUCUCUUCGAAGAACUGCGUGGACAUAUACAGCCCCUGA